AUGUCACGGCGGCCCAAUCCCGCUGCGGAUCGCGCCGAGCAGAAUCGCGCGACGCUCAAGAGCCUGGUCAAGAUCGAGGCCAAUAAAAGCUGCUCCGACUGCAAAAGGAACAAGCAUCCACGAUGGGCCAGCUGGAAUCUAGGCGUCUUUAUCUGCAUCCGAUGCUCUGGUAUUCACCGCGGUAUGGGAACGCACAUCAGCAAGGUCAAGUCGGUUGAUCUCGAUACUUGGACAGACGAACAACUACAGAGCGUGAUCAAAUGGGGCAAUGCGAGGGCAAAUAAGUCAGUGGUCACGAAGAAAGCAAAUAACGGGCAAGGGCUGACGAGCGCAGGUAUUGGGAAGCAAAGCUGGCCCCGGGUCAUGUCCCUUCGGAAGCGUAAGUACUCACUUUUCUAUAUCACAGUAGAGGACUGCGCCAUAACAUCUCUCAACAGGAAGAUCGAAAACUUCAUCCGCACCAAGUAUGAAUCGAAGCGCUGGGUCAUGGAUGGGGGCAUUCCGGAUCCGUCUACCUUGGAUGUAUCCGACGAUGACAUGGUACGUCGCGCUCGCGGCCAAACAGCUAUAACUGCUAACAGUGGCCAGCCAUUGAAAAAGGUGCAGGAAAAAGUUCAAAUCGAGCGCUCCGCAUCUCAACGCUUCGCUGGUUCUUCAGAGCAGCGGCCUGCUCCCCGAGCGGCAGCACAACCACAGCCUGCCAUAGAUCUCUUCGGAGACGAGACUCCUGCUCCCCCGCGCGCCAGCACUGGUCCCCCUACUACACGAAACGGUCCUCCUCCCAAGGCAGAGCCUGCUCCCCCCAAACAGACAAAAGCUGGUGAUUCAUUGCUGGGGUUGGACUUUUUGGGCAGCCCGCCAGCGCAGCCUACUCGGCCUUCUAGCACAGGGCCAGCUGCGGCCGCUGCCGCUCCCUCCCGUCCCGAUCUCAAGCAAUCUAUUCUCUCUUUGUAUGCUUCUAAGCCAGCAGCAGCCGCACCUCCGCCCCAGCAACACGCGCGUCAAGAGUCGUUCGGAAACCUUUCGUCUGCGCCGCAGCAGUCACCUCAGCAGUCAUCCUUCGGCGGUAUGAAUGACGCAUUUAGCAGCCUUUCGUUCAGCUCUCAACCGCAACAGCCCAAGGCAUCUCCUUUCGCUGGACUUGAUAGCUUCUCAAGUGCCAAGUCUCCGACUACUUCAUCUUCAAACAUGUUUGGCGGUGGCGGCAACUUCUUCGAUUCUACGCCAAAAUCCCCGCCUACCCAGACCACCACCUCGACCAGUGCCAUGGGCGACUUCUCCGCAUUCUCCUCCGCUCCGCCCAAGCAAGCCGCAACCUCCUCAUCUAGCAUGGGCGGAAUGGGUGACCUGUUAGAUCUCUCUAUGCCCGCUUCCACGCCCGCACCGGCACCCGUACCCCAGCAAUCCCCACCACCUGCGCACUCGGCCUUCAACCUCUCGUCACCCGCCCCGUCGGCGGCGCAUCAGCCAGCCCCCGCACAAACUGCAGCACCCAACUACGCGGGCUUCUCCGGUAUGGACGCAUGGGGUUCUUCGGAUGCAUGGGCUUCCCCAGCUGCGGCACCAACGCAAUCGCAAACUACGACAACCGCGUCCCACUCCACCACGCAGCCGAAGAGUCCUGGAUGGGGCGCCCCCACUAUCACACAGGACGAUGAUUUUGGCGGAUGGAGCAGCGCUGCGCCUACCACUACCACGACUUCGACCUCGUUUGCCUCCCCUCCCUCGACGAACCAGCCUACCUCCAACUCUAAACCUGCCGGUGGGUUUGGCGGUGGUGAUGAUUUGUUCUCGAAUGUGUGGGAGUAGGCUAAUACGGGACAUCUGAAAGUCGAUGUCUGUGGUUGUGAGGACAUGCAAUCAAUGGAUUUUUGGAUAGAGUGACGCAACGAAUAAAGUGAUACGAAUCGAAACGCCGACUUCGGACAAAUGCAAUUGCCAUACCUCCUCCUUACACGU